AUGUUUGAAAAUGUAAAUGAAGAACUUCAAACAAUUCAGCAAACUAUUGACAAAAAGGCUGACAAACGACAUUCGCAUUAUACAGUGAAAACAGGUGAGGGAGUGCGACUUGGUUCAGAUUAUUCUGAAUAUCUUGAAAGAACAAAUGAAACUAAAGUCAUUGACGGCAUAAUAUAUACGCAUUUCAACAGAAUUAAGACAGGAGUACAUUUUAGAUUUAAUAGAGAAGAUAUUCGUGAAAAUUAUUUUGAAUGGAAUGAAGAAAUAUGGUCAGCAACUGCAGAAAUGGACAUGUGUUUAAAUCCAGAGUUUUUCAUUACAAUCGUUGAAGUUAAAAAUUAUGAAGAUAUAAUGGGGGACAAAGCUGACAAAACAGAACUUCAAACAUUAAAGACUGAAAUAUUGCAAACAUUAUAUCCUAUCGGUUCUAUUUAUACGUCAAUGAACUCAACAAGCCCUUCAAAAGUUUUAGGUUUUGGUACUUGGGAAUAA